GGCCAGAUCGGUCCGAAAUGCCAUGGCUGGCUCACGAUUACCAGAGAGCAGGAACAAGCUCUAGACAAUAGGUUUAACUUGACAAACGGGUAUACUUCGACCGAUAUUGGGUUGAUCUACGAGUAGAAGAAAAUGGACCGUCGCCAGUGGUUAGGCUUUCGUCAAUCACCGGAGAAAACAUCCGACCCCGUUCGAGGCUUGUUACUCGAUUAUAUCGACGGUACUGGUAUUGCAAACGGCACUUUGAAUGCGUCAGGGGCAUCUAACCUGCGAAGCCAACUAGAUCGUCUUCAUUCCCUGGACAUUGCCCAUGCGGACUUGUACCCGCGGAAUAUGAUGGUGUCGAAAGAUGGAGAUCCAUAUCUGAUAGAUUUCAGCUCAGCGAAACUGUGGCCUUGCCGAGGCUUCCAGAAGAAGAAGAAGAAGAUAUUUGAUGGAUACCUGAGAGAGGAGAACUCCGCACUGGAGUACUACUUGUUCCAACUCCAAAAGCUGAAACGCCAUCGUGGGUUGAAGAUCAGCGAUGCCAAAAGCGACGAGGAUGCCUAUGGUGGCGAGGUCCCGUGGACCGUUGAAGGGUUUAAGGACGAGUUCAUUGACUGAAGAUGCACCUAUACCCUAUGUUCGUCCUGGAGGCUGAAGAAACAUCAGAGUACUUCAUCUUUCUACCGGUUGGCUAUUGUCUCACCCAGAUGAUUCUGGCUUCUUCCAGUUCCUGCGCGGGUGGAUUCUUACUAUGAACCCUCGA